AUGGCCUUACGUGGGGAUGCGAGGAUGCUCGUUAUGCAAGUAAUGAUAUUGAUGAGACUGGUUGUAAAUGCAACAGCGGCAACAGCUCAAGCCCGGCCUAAUUGCCAAGACAAAUGUGGUAACCUCACAAUCCCAUACCCAUUUGGCAUGGAUGAAGGCUGUUACCUUCGACCAGAAUUCAACAUCACUUGUGAUCAAUCCACCCAACCGCCGUCAGCCUACUGGACGGGCGGUAUGAACAGGAUUACCGACUUUUCUGUCGCUGAUGGCGAGUUGCAAAUAAUGCUAGAUGUAGCCAUGGAUUGUUAUGAUGAUUCGGGUGAGGAAACAGCAGACAGCUCCUCUACUUCGCUACAGCUACCUCCUCCUUACAGCAUGUCCCAUACACAAAACAAUUUCACCACAGUGGGCUGUGACACUAUAGGAAUCUUUUUGGGUGAGCGCUCAGGGGAUGGAGGCCCAAAGAAAGAAAAGGUCAAAGUCGGCAAUAGCGUCACCUUGUGUGAUGAUAUUCUUGGCGACGCACUUCCAGACUCUUGCGCUGGAUUUGGCUGUUCCCAAGCUUCCAUCCCUGGUGGACUGCGAAACAUUUCCACUUUUCUUUUAAGCCUGACUGUCAGCAAUCGAUCGGGGAUUGAUAAUCCGUGGUACGCUAAGUACCCUUGCAGCUAUGCCUUCAUUGUGGAACAAGGCAACUUCUCAUUCAACCCCAACACAACUUUUCAAGAACUCAACAACUCAAGGCAGCUUCCAGCAGUUCUGAAUUGGGCAGUUGAGGGUGAGUCAUGUGAUGCAGCACAACAGAACCCCAACUUUCCAUGCAAGGAAAAUACCAAGUGUGUCGAACGGACGACCAUCGGUGGUGGUCCGCCUGCUUACAUUUGCCAGUGCUCGUCAGGUUAUCUAGGGAACCCGUACCUCCCAGAUAGUUGCCAAGGAAAGCUAAAGAUUGGAAUUUUGCAUGAUGUUAAUUGUGAUAAAUUUGGUUUUCCUUACUAUUCAGAUAUUGAUGAGUGCAAGGAUUCAAACCCCUGCAGUAUUGGAACGUGCAUAAAUUUACUUGGAGAUUAUUAUUGUAAAUGUCCCAAAGGGUACAAAAACGACGGCAAGAAUAGAAGGAGUUGCAUCAAACACAAUCCCAGGAAUCGAUGGAAGAUCAUUCUUCUGGCUGUUAUUUUAUUGGGUGUCAGUGCAGGCCUCUUGGUUUUACUAAUUGGAAUUUCAUGGAUAUAUUGGGGAAUGCAUAGAAGAAGGCUCAUGAAACUCAAAGAAAAAUACUUUAAAGAAAAUGGUGGCUUAUUGUUACAAAAACAACUCGCAAGUCAAGGAAGUUCCAUGGAGACAACAAAAAUCUUUACGGCAGAAGAACUUGAGAAGGCCACAAACAAUUACCAUGAAAGUCGAAUCCUUGGUGAAGGAGGAUAUGGAACGGUUUACAAGGGAAUAUUACCAGAUAACAAAGUGGUUGCCAUAAAAAAGUCCAAAAUUGGUGUCUCAACUCAGAAGGAGCAGUUUGUUAAUGAGAUGAUUGUUCUUUCUCAAAUCAACCAUAGAAAUGUGGUGAGGCUAUUGGGUUGCUGUUUAGAGACACCAGUGCCUUUACUAGUUUACGAGUUCAUCACCAAUGGCACUCUUUUUGAGCACAUUCAUAAUACAAAGGGCAAAGGAUCACCACUUUCAUGGGAAUUACGAUUGAAGAUAGCAGCAGAAACUGCAGGAGCACUAGCAUACUUACACUCCUCUACUUCCAUGCCAAUCAUACACAGAGAUGUGAAAACAACUAACAUACUAUUAGAUGGGAAUUACAUAACAAAAGUGUCAGACUUUGGAGCUUCAAAAUUGAUUCCUCUGGAUCAAACUCAACUAACAACUUUAGUACAAGGGACACUCGGAUACUUAGAUCCUGAGUACUUCUGUUCAAGUCAACUAACAGAAAAGAGUGACGUUUACAGCUUUGGAGUUGUCCUUAUGGAGCUACUAACAAGCAAAGUGGCACUUUCUUUUGACAGGCCUGAGAAAGAGAGAAACCUAGCGAGCUUCUUUGUUUGGUCAAUGGAGGCGGAUCUCUUGAAUCAAAUUCUUGAUGAUGAAAUAGUCAAGGAGGGAAAUAUUGAGACACUAAAAAACAUGGCCGAUCUCGCAAGAAGGUGUGUAAAGUUAAAAGGGGAGGAUAGGCCUACCAUGAAGGAAGUAGCAAUGGAGCUAGAAGGAAUGAGAAUAAUGGCAAAGCAUCCAUGGGGGAAAGCUGAUUGUCCAGAGGAGACCGAGUACUUGCUUGGGUUAGCUAAGUCAUAUCGUGCUAGUGGAUAUGACAGCAUGCAAAUCCAGAUGUUAAUGCCAUAUGGUAAUGGUCGAUAG